UAUUUUAAUGUAACGUGGUUCAGCGAUGUGCUUCUAGUUUCUUCUGUAAUUAAAGUCGUCUCCGUCGUUUCUUCCUCCCUUCUGCGACGAGGAAAACCCCUGAAACCGUCUCAAGAAAUUCAUAGACAGAGAAAGUAAAGAUUGAGGCAGGGAGAGAGCCGACAAAGAGACGAAGGUGGGAGGAGGAAAGAAUGCCCCCGACUGCGGUCGCUGUCGAGGCGAUCAGUGCGGCGGCCAAACAAGCUGAGCAACUUAGGAAAGACGGCAAUACUUACUUCAAGAAAGAUCGUUUCGGAGCCGCCAUCGAUGCUUAUACUGAGGCCAUUACUCUUUGCCCAAAUGUGCCGAUAUAUUGGACGAACCGUGCGCUUUGUCAUCGGAAGCGGAACGAUUGGCUGAAGGUCGAAGAAGAUUGCAGGAGAGCCAUUCAGCUUGAUCAUAGCUCGGUCAAGGCUCACUAUAUGAUGGGACUUGCAUUAUUACAAAGGGAAGAAUAUGCUGAAGGAGUCAAGGAAUUGGAGAAGGCAUUGGAUCUUGGGAGGGGUGCACAUCCUAAGAGUUACAUGGUGGAAGAGAUCUGGCAGGAGCUUGCAAAAGCAAAAUAUAUGGAGUGGGAGCAUGCAUCUACUGUGCGUUCGUGGAAGCUGCAAAACUUGAAAGAAACUUGUGAAAAAGCUCUUAAUGAGAAACAUCUUUUUGAUGCUUCUCAAGUGGUGGAUCUUACAGAUGAAUCUGAGACUGCUCGCCAAGAACAACUGGCAUUUCUGAAGGAAGUGUUCAGAAAAGCUGUGAAUUCUGACAUACCAACUGAGGUACCGGACUACCUAUGCUGUAAAAUUACACUCGAUAUAUUCCGUGAUCCUGUCAUCACUCCAAGUGGAGUUACAUACGAAAGGGCAGUGCUGCUUGAUCAUCUUCAGAAGGUUGGCAAGUUUGAUCCGGUCACACGUGAACCACUAAACCAAAACCAGCUCGUUCCAAACCUGGCUAUCAAGGAAGCAGUCCAAGCUUUUCUAGACGAGCAUGGCUGGGCUUACAGGAUGGAUUGAGAGGUGAUUUGCUCAAGUGGGGGAAGGUGCUCAGAUUUCUUAUUGUUCUUUGCUAUGAUUUGGCAAUUUGAAGAAAGCAAUGGUCAAAAUGUGGUCUGCAAUGUUCUUUAUUUAUAAUGUACUAUCAUUUUUCUCUCUUGUUCAUCAUAAGGAUGUCUUUGUUUGGUGUUGUACAGGUGGUAAACUAACUGUAUUUCUGCAGGUUUGUAUAGUUCGGUAUGAAACUUUAUUCAGUAGAGGAUGCAAAAACUAUUUUAGUAGUA